AUGUAUCUAACCAGGCUCCAGCGACAGCUUCCAGUGCGUUCCACGCCUCAGGCGGAAGCGGAACUCUGCGUUCCAAGCCUCAGCCGCAAGCGGAACGCUGUGUUCCAAGCCUCAGCCGCAAGAGGAACUCUGCGUUCCACGCCUCAGCCGGAAGCGAAACUCUGCGUUCCAAGCCUCAGCCGCAAGCGGAACUCUGUGUUCCAAGCCUCCGUUUCAUCCCUGAGCUCUCCGCGUUCCAGUCGAGCCAUCGGCCCUGCGUAG